UUUAUCUAUAAGUAUGUUAAUUUCUCAUUUCGUAUUAGAAGUUAGAAGUAUUUGGGCGUUUAAUAGAAGAAAUCAGAAACAUAUUUGUUGUGUCAAUAAGCAUUGUGCAUUUGUAAUAAAUAUAUUGAAGUAGUGCGAAUCCAAUAUGGCGACUGAUAAUAUUCCCGAUGAUCGUGAAAUAGGCCAUAAAGAAACAUUCAAACCACAAAUAAUUUUAUUAUUCAGUGGUAAAAGAAAAUCUGGGAAAGAUUAUAUUACAAAUGCUUUGCAUGAAAGAAUUGGACGUGAUAAGAGUGAAAUUAUAAGACUGUCUGGACCAAUUAAGUUUCACUGGGCUAAAUCUCUUGAUCUGGAUAUCGAUCAGCUUUUAGGAGAUGGAAAAUACAAAGAAAAUUAUCGCCUUGAAAUGGCGAAAUGGGGAGAAAACAUCAGGAACAAAGAUUAUGGCUAUUUUUGUCGUGCAGCUCUAGAGAUGUAUAACGCAUAUAGCAAACCUAUAUGGAUAGUAAGUGAUACAAGAAGAAAAACUGAUAUACAAUGGUUUAUGGAAAAUUUUAAAAAUAUAUGUAAAAUAAUUCGCAUUGAAUCAGAUGAUUCAAUCAGAAACAAACGUGGCUGGAUGUUUAUUCCAGGUAUUGAUGAUUCAGAAACUGAAUGUAAUUUGGAUGAUGUAGAUAUAUGGGAUUUGAAAGUGAUAAAUAAUAAUGAGAGCAUAGAAUAUAUAUUAGAGCAAAUAUUAAAACUAAUUAAUUAGUGAACCAUAUCACAAAUGUAUAAAUUAACAUUAUGUACACACACGUACACACACAUACACACACACACAUACAUUUAUAUGUAUGUAUAUAUAUACACUUGUAAAAAAUGAAUCUUUUUGAGUGAUUUAUAAAAAAUAAAAGAGCAAUACAAAUUAAUUUUAUUCUUAAACGGAUUUGAAAAUUAAAUUGUAAUUAAAUAAAUGUUGUUACGAAUGGAUAUUCGAAAUAUUAUUUAUCAUUAGACUUGCUAAAUAUUAUAUAUUUGAUUCUCAAAUUUUGCGGAUCACGUUCGUGUAAUUUUGUAAACAUGUUUUUAUACGACAGUGGUAUACAAGUGCUCAGAAAGAAGGUUAGAUGGCAUUAUAGAGCGAAUCAAUUGAAAAAGAGAAUGGAAUGUCAUAAAGUAUAAUUGAACUCGAUUGGGGUAGUUUAUGUUAACGUUUGAAGUGUGAUUAUAUACGAUGACUGUGUGUGUACUUUGCAAUUACAAAGUUUUAUUAUAAAAGAGAAUAUUGAAAUUUCCUUUUGUAUGAUUAAUUCCUGAAAUGGUGGAUCAUUCAGUACCAUCCGACAUACUCGACGAUUUAAGCAG